AUGGGAGGAAAUUCAUCUAAUAUUAUGAAACCAGCAGAAAUAAAGAGUGAAAAAACAGUUGUUGUAUAUGGUUCAGAUAAUUGUCCAUAUUGCUUUAAAGUGAAAAAGAUUUUUGAAGAAUUAAAUGUUCAGAUUGAUUAUAGGAAUGUUGAUGAGAAUAAAAAUUAUGAUGAAGAAAAAUAAAAAUUAAUGACCCAUUUAAAAUAUGAUACUAUACCUUUAGUAUUUAUAAAGAAUGAAUUUAUUGGUGGCUGCUCAAGUGUGAAAGAAUUAGAAGCAAAAGGAGAACUCCUUAAGAAAGUAUAAUGAUU